AUUGGACGUUCAUCGCUGUUCACUUUGACUAACAAACUUAUGUGGCAUAUAGCAGAGGCUGUCAAAACAGAUGCACUAUACCCACUGCACCUUCUCUCUCUUUCUCUGUCUCUCUCUUUGACACGUUCGAUCACUCUCUCCCAAUCGUUCUCUUAAGAGUAAAAUCUCCUGGGUUGGUCUAAAGAAAGGAAUACAAAAUGUAAAAAAUGUGUUUUCAAACAAACCAGACAUUUAAAAAUAUUUUGCAUGUUUCCUGUUUAUUUAAAAUGGCACGAUUGCAAUUUAUUACACAUUUCCCUUGCCCAGCUGUGAUAGGACGGAAUAUUAUACAGAAGUAAACAAAAAAUCUCAGUAAAAACGUUGAGGAGCCGCAUGAAAUAAAAUUCUACAUUGUAGCAUAGACAAAGUCUCACUAUCCCGACUUUAGUAUUCAAUGGCCACUACGAUCAGUUGCAAUUAGUUUUCCUAUCAUUUAACAGAGGAAGUAACUAAUAUAGUAAAGGGGAGUGGAGGCAAAAAGCUGGGGUCUUGCGGGGAAAUAAAAGCAGCUUUAGGGGAAAUGUGUAGUCGAGUGUGAAAUUACAGCCCAUGGUGUUACAUAUUGUACCAGAAGCUCCCUCCAAAAAUACUAACAAAAAGAAGAAUCGUCCCCAAAUUUAGCCGGGAGGCAUAACAUAACAUAGCCUCCUGUUCUUUUAGCCGAACCUACAACGGUCGCAGUGCGAACACUUCAUAAAUGUGUAAGAGCCUUCUUGAGUCAAGCCAAAGCCUACACUUUUUACUAAUUACUACAAACAUUUUUGUUUUUAAACACAGCAUUUAUGGUGUUUAAUUUCAGAUAUGUGCGUACGUGCCAUUUUACCAAAAAAAAAAAAAAGAAAACCGUAAAAACAUUAAUAUUGGCAAAAACAAUAACAGUGUGAUAAUAAUUGAGUGCAAUACGCAAAAUAAGUGCACACAGUUGUACUUGAAUUUUAGCAGGUAAAAAAUAAAUAAAUAAUAAUAUAUAUAUUUUUUUUUUUUCAGAAUAAUUUUAAAAUUUAAGUAAACAGGACGCUGACUUUAUCACCUGAUUUAGACGAUGAAAGUAAACAUGAUCACUAUAUGUUCCAGGAUGUAAAAACUUCAUCUAAAAUACAUUUUUUAGAGACAAGUAUAUAAACAUUUUAUAUCGAUUUAUUAGAAAAGUACACUUCAUAGAUAGAUAAAUAGAUAGACAGAUAGAUAGAUAGAUAGAUAGAUAGAUAGAUAGAUAGAUAGAUAGAUAGACAGAUUUUUUAAAAAUAGCGGAAAGAUAGAAGAGUUUAAAUAAAAAAUAAGUGAAAAAAAGCGUCAAGUUAAGCACAUGGGUACACUCAAUAAUCAAUUAUAGCAUAAACAAACUGACAAAACCACGAGUCAGCGAUGAACAACCAUCGAUAUCACUUUUACACAACUUUUUAGAAACAUUUGAGUAAAAAAAAAAAAAGAAUAAAGUAAGGAAAAAAAAAGAAAUAAAACCUAGAGCUCACUAACAAACAUUAAGUUCAUCACUUGUCAUCAACGAUCAAGAAUUUUGUUGGAGAGCCAUAAAACAAACUUCAAAAGCCUCCCUCAGUCAAAUAAAGCAAACUAAGCAGCGCCAUCUACAGAGAUACCUACAAUACAGCAGCCCAAACAGCAUGGUCAAGACACAAUCCUUUCACUAACAUUUGACAGGCCAGCGAACUUAGUAGUGUUGUUAUAGUAUCAAAAGCAAUGAUUAUACAGUAAUUCUCGAUUAGCUGUCAGAUGCAGCAAAUAUUUGUGAGAAACUGAGAUUGUAUAUUUAGGCCAUUUUUUUUUUAUCUGUACGCGGCGCAUAUUUAUGCUUUAUAGUAUUGUUUACAUUUUCCGUAUUUCCUGUUUUAAAAAAGAAAAGGCACAGACUUAACAAUUGAAUAAUAUUUAACGCCAAUACAUUAUAAAAGAUAUCCGGGGAAAAACACACACACACAAACACACCCGACAACACCUAAUUGAAAGAAAAACAGUAGAAAUAGUAAACAUUUUUAUAAAGAUUAAGACCUUUCUUCAUCUUCAACUAGUCUCAUCUUGACAACAUUAUGCCCAUCAACAACACAAACAAAACAAAACAAAAAAUAAAUAAAUAAAUAAAAAUACAUUCAGUCUACGUUUAGAUCACCAGUAUAUGAUUCAAACAUGAUUCAUGUAGUUUGACAACAAACAGUUUAGAAAUACCACGAUGCCUGGCCGCUGGUGGUACCGCUUCCUUUCCACUUGUCUUUUAAUUUCCUCGAUUUUUUUAAACCCAUCUCUCCUCAUUUCCCUGUUUGCAUCCCUCCCCUUCCGAAGUGUCAGAUGAAGAGACCUCCUCAUUUGGUGCUCCAGCUUUUUGCGUUGGCGAAUCACAAAGUGUUGGAAUCUAUUGCCUUUGUCUGACAUGUCAUCCAUCUCUAUGCGAGGGGGGAUCUGGGAAGGAGGGGGGCGGUGGACUGCAGCUUUUAGAAACAGACACACUGAGAAGAGGGGUUUCAGUCUCAGCCCAAAGCUUCUAACAGGCACAUCCCAUUCUUGAAGAGAGGGGGACCGAGAGACACUCGCCGUGUCCAUGUUUUUUCCUGUCAUCCCCGCUCGAAUCUGACUGUACCCCUCAGACUUGACCAGAAACGCUUCUCCAUAUCGAGGAAUUUACACUGCAGUUUCAUCAGAGGACACUGGAGGAGACGCAACCACUAAUGCUUGCGUUCCCUUAAAUAUGUAGCUAACAAAUAUUAACUGAACGACUGAUUACGCUAACGUUCCUGCGUAAAAGAUUUUUUUGAGAGACCAGUGCAGGACAUGAUCUGCACCUGACCAGCCUCGUGUCUUCAUUGAAUGGACUGAUCAGCACGAGAUAAAGUUCGUCGCUCGCUGAAGAACUUCUGUACACUGGCAUCGGAAGCACUGUGCUUUGAACGGAUAGCGAUCUUUAUUAAUUCCAAUUAAAGCUACAUAAUCAAGGCGAGACGGCGACCUCAGUCGAUUAUCUUUCCUUCCUUUGCUAUCCCAUGGAUAUUCACUGCAAAGCAGACCCCUUCUCGGCGAUGCACCGGCACGGCGGUGUGAACCAGCUAGGAGGGGUGUUUGUGAAUGGCAGACCCCUACCUGACGUGGUCAGGCAAAGAAUCGUGGAGCUCGCACACCAAGGAGUCAGACCUUGUGACAUCUCAAGACAACUACGGGUCAGCCAUGGCUGUGUCAGCAAAAUUCUCGGAAGAUAUUAUGAAACCGGCAGUAUUAAACCUGGAGUUAUUGGGGGGUCCAAACCAAAAGUGGCGACGCCCAAAGUUGUGGAUAAAAUCGCAGAAUACAAGCGGCAGAAUCCCACAAUGUUCGCCUGGGAAAUCAGAGACCGACUCCUGGCCGAGGGCGUUUGUGACAACGACACAGUACCAAGUGUUUCAUCUAUAAACAGGAUAAUUCGAACCAAAGUUCAGCAGCCUUUCCAUCCAUCCUCCGACGGCACAGGAACGCCUCUCACCACAGCGGGACACACUAUAGUGCCCAGCACAGCCUCCCCACCUGUGUCAAGCGCUUCCAAUGACCCCGUGGGGUCCUACUCUAUUAAUGGCAUCCUAGGAAUCCCUCGCUCCAACGGCGAAAAGAGAAAACGCGAUGAUGUUCUCUGGAGUGGCAACCACUUGGAUGGGAGGAAAAUAGGAUAUUAUGGUUCAGAUGGCUCUGGCCCAAACAGUGAUUCUCAGGGUAGUGUGGAGAGUUUACGGAAGCACCUGAGGGCCGAUGCCUUCACUCAACAGCAGCUGGAGGCUCUGGAUCGGGUGUUUGAGCGGCCGUCAUAUCCCGACGUCUUCCCUACGUCAGAACACAUCAAGCCAGAGCAGGCUAAUGAAUACUCGCUACCAGCACUGAACCCUGGACUGGACGAAGUCAAGCCCAGUCUGUCAACCAGCGUCAGCUCAGAUUUGGGCUCCAGCGUGUCACAGAGCUACCCGGUAGUGACAGAGUCACAUUCAUCCUCCGUGUGCGUUAAGCAGGAGCCGCAUGAGGCUUCCCUGGCUCCUUUCACCCCUUCCUCACUGGCAGUCUCGGGCCUAGCGGAACUGUUGCCCCUCCAGCCCAGCGUGUCAGUAGAUGCCUCCACCCCCUGCUACGGUGCCUAUGCCCAUCAUGCCCCCAGCUACGGCCAGUAUGCAAGCCAGCCUUUUAUAGCAGGUCGAGACAUGGCGAGCACAACCCUACCAGGAUACCCACCUCACGUUCCCCCCACUGGGCAGGGCAGCUACCCCACCUCUACACUUGCUGGAAUGGUCCCUGGAAGUGACUUUUCAGGAAAUCCCUACUCUCACCCGCAGUACACAACCUACAAUGAAGCUUGGCGGUUCAGCAACCCCGCGUUAUUAAUGCCGCAUCCCGGGGCUCCGCCCCUCCCACUGCUGCCACUGCCUAUGACCGCCACUAGUUACCAUGGCAACCCAAUCAAACUGCAGGACCAUGGCCGCGGCCUCCAUAUCGUACCAGUCUGAAUGGCGUUAAGGUCAGAGGGAUUGAAGAUGGCUACGCGAUCUUCAGUUUCAUGGGGCCGAGAUCGGAUUAGGAGGGUCAAGCAACAGCGGGUUUUCCCCCCCAGACAUCGACUAUACCCCCCCUCAAGCAACAUCAACACUAAAGCUCUCAUUCUCUAAAUCACUGAACAAUGACUGAACUAUUUCCUGAAAAGACUUUGAAAGAUUCUACAAAAAUAUAUAUAUUAUACGAGAUAUAAAACAAGACGAACCGUGUGAAGAAAUACGAAGUAACAAUUGAUGUGUUGUUGUUUUUUUGUUAUGUUCUCUCUUUAAAUCAAUCAAUACAUUCCUUUACAUACUGUACUUAGUAUCACUAACAGAUCAAACACACACACACACACACACACACACACAAGGUUGCCUGAGGCCUUUAACGUAAUUUGCCCACGUCCUACACCAUUUCACUAGUGUCUUACCUCUCACGGACAGAACAGCGACGUGUCAGCCGAGCAGAAAACUGCAGUCUUUUCUGUCAAACAGACAAGUGUAACAGUCUUAGAAGCCAUCUCGGACUCGUGGUAUGAAAUUACCAACAUGAUUUAACAUUUUCUGUGAUACACAAUCAAAACGGGGGAAAAGAAAAUAGAAAAAAAAAGAAAAAACAGGUCAGACACUGAAGAAGAAGUUAACUGUUGCUGUAUAUGACCUAAAAAGAAAACCGUAUAUUAAAUUAUUGUUUUGGUUUAGCUGAUGGUUUGUGUGCGUGUGUGCAUUUGUGUGUCAUACCUUUUCGGGAUAUUCCAUUUUAUCAUGUGUAAUCUCCAAUUAUCAUGAUCGGUGCCGCUCUUUUCUCGUUUGCACUAUUUUGCAUUACUGGAUUUAUGAGUACAAUGAAUUGCGAGUAUCUUCUAUGUUCUAUUUAAGCGAAAAGCUCAACUCGAUCGACAAGGUAACAGCAACGCUGGACAAGAAUACACUUGCUAGAAACUAGUAUAUGCCUUUGUUGUCCUUCAGUGUGGAUUCCUUAAAAAAACGUCCUCAAAAAGAAGCAUUUUUGUAUCGUGUAACUGAGACAGAACGGCUCUUGCUGGCUCAGUACCAAAGUAAUCAUUAGCAGUCAAUUGUACAACAAGUUCAACAAAUGCCUUACAGCUUUUUUAAUUUCAUUUUUUUAUGGUUUGGCUAUGGUCCUGAGAGGUAGACAUGCAUGUAACCCUUCUGUGUGGAUGAACAAGCGUUUCUUCUCCAAAAUGUGGGACACUGAGGAUAGAAGUGGAAACGGUCCAUACGUACGCUCCUGGAAAUGUAAAGUGAAUGUACUUUAUACCACGUUUGCCAAAGACUUAGUUUGAUAUUUAAUAUUUUAUUUGCUGUAUCUGUCAAUAAAACAGUAUUAUGUUUUAAUAGUAGUCAAUACUGAUUGUAUGUGGUAAUGUUGAACAAAAAGGAAAAGAUCCAUCAUAGCCCCAACCGCAAUGUACACGAAAAAAGGUGAAUUCUGUUACUCAAAGGUAUGUCAUUUGCAACAAACUGCUGCUUUGUAGAAUGAUUUGUGUAUAAUGUGAAAACAAUUCUUCUAUGUAUAUAAGAUCACCUACAUUUCACCAUUGCAGUAUCGUACUAAUUUACUGAUUCCAUUUGUAGAUAUGAGAAUUGAAAGAAAAAGAAAAAAAAGAUUGACAUUACAUUUGUGUCUUCAAUGUGUUGUGCUUUGCAGAGACGCACAACAAACAGUUUGAAACCCCGUCCUGCGUCGGUGGCUGGGUUUCAGAUGCUAUCACCACAUGUGCGGCUGUUUGUAUGUUUUGUUUUGGUUCACUUUUACUUAACUUGUUCAUACUGUUUAAGUCUCUAUGCAAAUCAAGUAAAAUGGUAUUCUGUAUUCUCCUUUACUACUGCGUUCAAUUUUACCCUUCAUUUUAAAUAAGCCCUAAAUCCUGUACAGAGGAUAAGCCUGUAGAGAUGAACAAAUACACUUCACAUGCCUGGUUUUGUGGAUUGUUUUUGUACUUUGAGCCUUCCUGUACAAUUCAGUACGAGACUUCAGAAUUCUGAAGCCUUUUUUUUUGCCAAUGUCAAGUUAAAAUGGAUCAAGAUCAGAUUAUUCAAAAUUCAUAUAGCUUGCAAAGGGAAAAAGUCAACAAAUGUAACUAUACAUAGUUGUACAAAAAAAUAGAAUUAUUGCAGCCUAUAGUUAAACUAUUGUCCCUCAGAAUGAAGAGAUUCACUGCGACACACAUUUGUUUGUAGCUUUUGGAAACGUGUUCUUCACAGAAUUCAUUUUGAAACAAGCCAACAGCAGCAGAGCAGAAACAGAGACAAUUCUUCUCUCCUUUCAUAUAAAUAAUGCAAAAUACUGUAUGUAUCACAGCAUAAUUUGUUACGGGCAACAAAAAAAAGUUAUAAAAAUAUGUAACAAAAAGCAACGUGGCCUCAGCCAUUACCUUUAUUCCACCUCUGUCCAGUUCUCUUUUUUUUUUUGUGCAUAUGAGAAAUAAAUUUUUUUGUAUGUCA